AUGUCUACUUUUUUCCAAUGGUUUUGGGGCCUCUCCCUCUCACUUUCUCUUUAUUAUAUUCACUCAGCAUCCACAUCCCAUGUCCACAUAGUCUAUCUAGGGCUCUCCCAUGCCCAUGAUCCCAUCCUCACUACAAAAUCACAUGUCCAACUCCUCUCUAAUGUCUUUGCUAGUGAAGAUGAUGCCAAAGAAGCCAUGCUAUAUAGCUACAAGCAUAGCUUCUCUGGCUUUGCAGCUAGGCUCAACUCCACGCAAGCUACCACCUUAGCUAGCAUGGAAGGGGUGAUAUCAGUUUUCGAGAGCAAAACCUUGCAGCUGCACACUACAAGAAGCUGGGACUUCAUGGGCCUCACCUUGAACCAUGGUAAAUCCACACCGUUGCAGCUCGCUUAUGGUGAUGAUAUAGUCGUCGGCGUCUUUGAUACAGGUAUCUGGCCAGAAUCUAAAAGUUUCAAGGAGGAUUUAAAUACGGGACCCAUCCCUCGAUCAUGGAAGGGUAAGUGUGUCAAAGGCGAGGAUUUCAAGAGAAAGGUGUGCAACCGUAAGCUGAUCGGUGCACGUUACUACGUGAAAGGCUUCGAAGCGCUUAAUGGCCCACUAAACAAAACAGCCAACAUGGAUUAUCGCUCCCCUCGAGAUCCACUGGGCCAUGGGACCCACAUUGCAUCGACAGCCGUUGGAUCAGUAGUGGAAAAUGCAUGUUUCUCUGGGUUUGGAUGUGGCACAGCUAGAGGUGGUGCACCUAGGGCAAGGUUGGCAGUGUACAAGAUAUGCUGGAACUUGAACUUUGAAGGGAGGUGUACUGAGGCUGAUAUACUGGCGGCUUAUGACGCUGCAUUGCAUGAUGGGGUCAAUGUGAUCUCAUCCUCACUUGGGCUGACGGCCCCUUUGCCGUCGUUCUUCUCGUCGGCAACGGAUAUCGGUUCGUUCCAUGCGUCGCAGUUGGGAGUUUCUGUUGUGUUUUCUGCAGGGAAUUCCGGUCCGGAGCCAUCUCUAGUGGAAAAUGUAUCACCAUGGGGUACUUGUGUGGGUGCUACGAGCAUGGACCGGACGUUUCCGACUCAGAUUCUACUCGGCAACCAUAUGUCUAUCACGGGUCAAGGCUUCAUAGAUCAAAACAUGACUAAGGACUCGGUGUUCGAGUUGGUGUUCAGCCACGAAUACUUCCACGGCGGGGUUUGUGAUUUCUACAAAUGGAAUAACGAGUCUGCAAAAGGUAAAGUAAUCCUAUGUUUCUACAACAUUGGGUCCCAGUUGACUGGCAAUGCAGCUCUAGGAGUGUUCGCCGCCCAAGGAGUGGCCAUGAUUUACGCCACACCCACCACUAAGGACAUAGCCAACGUGGAUUUCAUCCCCACCGUUUACAUCGACGUCGACCAAGGGACCCAAAUCAUGAACUACAUUUUAUCACAUCCUUCACCGCAACCAACGGUCCAGAUUUUUCCAAGUGAAACGGCCAUCGGACAAACCCCAGCACCUUCGGUAGCGUACUUCUCCUCCAGAGGCCCCAACUCCGUGACUCCCAACAUUCUCAAGCCGGACAUAAGCGCGCCUGGGGUCAAUAUCUUGGCUGCGUGGUCUCCGAAGACGCCACCGGCAAUAUUACCCUUAGAUGAUCGGUCCGUGGAUUGGAACUUUCAGAGUGGGACAUCCAUGUCGUGCCCUCACGUAUCAGGAAUCGUGGCCCUUCUCAAAUCAGCCCACCCAGAUUGGUCCCCAGCUGCCAUCAAAUCUGCCAUGAUGACCACAGCCUACACAAGGGACACGACCUGGGACGAGAUUUUGGCAGGAGGAUCGCCGAAGCCAGCGGACCCUUUCGACAUCGGAGCAGGCCAUGUGGACCCAUUGAAAGCAAUCAAUCCAGGGCUAGUGUAUGAUGUGGACACUAGAGACUACGUCCUCUUCCUUUGUAGCUUAGGCUACACUCAAAAUCAGAUCAAGUCCAUGGUUCUUUCAUCACCACGGGUCGACACCCGUUGCCCAAAAUGCGGGCCAUCGGAUAUGGAUCUCAAUUAUCCGGCGAUCGCAGUAUCGGAUCUCCGCUGUACGGUGACGAUCAAGAGGACUCUACGCAAUGUGGGCCCAUGUCCGGCCAUCUACUUCGUUAGCGUCGUCAAACCCGAAGGCGUUCGGGUUGUGGUGUGGCCAAGGAUCUUAAUUUUCUCACCGUUUAAGCAAAAGAUCACAUAUUACGUGACACUUACUCCCCUAAAGCACUCUCAAGGGAGAUAUGAUUUUGGGAAGAUCGUGUGGUCCGAUGGCCAUCAUCAUGUAACCAGCCCAUUGAUAGUUCGUGUGAACAACAACUGCGAAGCGGCGGGCCAUGUCGGCUUACAUGCUAGCCUUUAGAUUAUCUUCCUUGAUGAAACUAUCGCUUAUAUAAUAAUAUAAUAAAAUGGACAAACCUUGUCCAAGAUUUUC